ACUACUUGUUAGACUAUAAACAAGAGCUUAUUAGCUGGCUUCUACUUUCUGAUCUCUGCAGGAACUGGGGGAAAAAAAGAAGACAUUAAAACAGAACUUGUCAUCAGACCGAGUGCUCUUCCAUUCUGAGCAAUACGGGACUGGCAGGGGAUUACGGUAAUGGCAAGGACAUUGCCUGCUACAUCAGCAGAGCAGGAAAGUUACUGCUGCUCCUUGACAGUGUGGAGCUGAGCUCUGCAACUGGGGACGUGCUGGAGUCCAGCCCGACAGCCCUGGGAUACAGGGGAUCCACUGCCCCUGUGAGCCAUCAAUAUACUAGUGGGGAAAUAAAGAGAGCAAAGCAUGGAUUUUCAGGCACAGAGUCCUGUCUCUGCGUGAAGAGAGGAGCCUGCUGUGCUGUGCUGUGAAUCGCCUUCCCAGAUGCUCAGAGAAGCUGUGCUGCCUUCUGGAGACUGGAGAGGGGGGUGACGAUCUCCAAAGAGCUCAACAACGUGCAGCAUUGACACGGCAAACCUCAUUCUCCCCUUCAGAACGAGCCAGAAGUUGAUGUAAACCACCUCGAAUUCGCAGUCCAAGAGCCCCAGUGACAACUGCUCCACAGCUGGAUGUUAGAAAAUAGAUGGAGAAGCUAUAAUUGACACUUCAGACCCUCAAGUGACAUUGCUGAGCAGACACAGCAGCAGCCGCCUCCACCUCGUUAGUUUCUAAGACAGUUAUAAGGCACAAUCAGGACUAACACAAGCAAAGCCAGGCAAAUGUUGCCAGUAGAACCUUCUGAGAACUGAUCUCACCACUCUUUCUACCUGAAAAGGGAGCGAAGCACAAGAGCCGCGCAUGAACUUCCUCAGCUCCUCGCCAUGGCUUUCCUCCCUGGAAACUCCUCCGACUGCUCCAACUGCACCCACUCCGUGGGGCCUGUGAACAUUUCCAAAGCCAUUUUACUGGGGGUUAUUCUAGGGGGGCUGAUAGUUUUUGGGGUUUUGGGUAAUAUUCUGGUUAUCCUCUCUGUAGCCUGCCACAGACAUCUCCAGAGCGUUACCCACUAUUAUAUAAUUAACCUGGCUGUAGCUGACCUCCUCUUGACUUCCACUGUUCUGCCCUUCUCAGCUACUAUGGAGAUUUUGGGCUACUGGGCCUUUGGGAGGAUCUUCUGCAACAUCUGGGCAGCUGUUGACGUCCUUUGCUGCACCGCGUCCAUCAUGAGCCUGUGUAUCAUCUCGAUAGACAGAUACAUCGGGGUGAGCUACCCGCUGAGAUACCCGAGCAUAGUGACAGAGAAGAGGGGCCUCCUGGCGUUACUGUGCGUUUGGGCUUUGUCACUGGUGAUCUCCAUCGGGCCUCUUUUUGGCUGGAAGGAACCGGCGCCAGAAGACGAGACCAUCUGUCAGAUCACCGAGGAGCCCGGCUACGUGUUGUUCUCCGCCCUGGGCUCCUUCUACCUCCCCCUGACCAUUAUCUUGGUGAUGUAUUGCCGGGUGUACGUGGUGGCCAAAAGGGAAAACAAAGGUCUGAGUUCUGGGCUGAAGACGGAGAGAUCUCAUUCAGAACAAGUGACCCUACGGAUCCAUCGCAAAAACGCUCCUGGAGCGAGCGGGUCGGCGUCCAACCCCAAGAGCAAACAUCAUUUCUCAGUGCGUCUCCUCAAGUUCUCCAGGGAAAAGAAAGCGGCCAAGACCCUGGGGAUAGUUGUGGGAUGCUUCGUUCUGUGCUGGCUUCCAUUUUUUGUAGUAAUGCCUCUUGGUUCUUUCUUUCCUGCAGUCAAACCCCCGGACACACUUUUUAAAAUAACAUUUUGGCUUGGAUACCUAAACAGCUGCAUCAACCCCAUAAUCUAUCCGUGCUCGAGUCAAGAGUUUAAGAAAGCGUUCCAAAACGUCCUGAGAGUGCAGUGCCUCCCAAGGAAGCAAGCGGCGAAGAAGCAGUCCCCAAGUUUCAACCUCAACCAUCCCGCCAGCCCAAGUAUGGAGAGCAGCAGAGGCGUCGUCCGGAUCCCCGUCGGCUCGGGAGAAACCUUCUAUAAGAUUUCCAAGUCGGACGGGGUCUGCGAAUGGAAGAUCUUCUCCGCCGUGCAAAGCAUGCCUGCCAAAACCGCCGUUUCUAAAGACUGUACUGCUGCCAAAGUGAAAAGUAAAGGUUUCCUCCAGGAAUGCUGCUGUGCAGGCACUUCAGGGAACCUUGGCCAUGAAAACUGUAAAGUGCCAACGAUUAAAAUCCACACCAUCUCCCUCAGUGAAAGCGGGGAGGACGUCUAAAGGACCGAGUGCGUCCAGCUGGCCAGCUCGUGGCUCUGCUAACGGGAUGUUGCUCUUUUGAUUGGGAAGCAGGACAAGAUGCUACAACAGUUGAAGGGAUCUGGGUGAAGCAAACAGAGUAGUGUCCAACAGGGCCAGGCUGUGGAGGUGGGAUGUCUCUGAGUGCUGGUAGCCUGAACGAUGCCCCUUAAAGAUGUCAGUGGAUGGUGAGCACCCUACGGUCUUCCAAGAAACUGGCCUCUGCAAGUCAUUUGCCUGACAGUUAAAGGCUUUAUUUCUCACUGUAUUCCCCUGUUUCAAAGUUCCUACUGCUCUAAUUUAGGUGCAACGGAAGGGGAAAGUGCAAACUGCAUAGACCCCAUGCUGAUUUCCGCAUGGACGCUUUCAGACAGCUCCACGUUUAAAACCAUUUUGUGAUUCUGUCCAGGAGAGCUAAGGUUGGGAGGCUGGGGUCUUGGGACAGUGUUUACAGAUCUCUACCUACUUUUCAUUUAGGGACAGUGGACAAGAAUGUUUUCCUACCAUGUCUUGCCUCUUUUGCUCAUGUCCAGCGGGAGCUUGGUCAGGUCCUGCACGCCUUGUCGAAGGGAACAGGCAGCUCUUUGGAUUUGCAUCUUCAGCUGGGCAGGCUUGUUGGUCCUCAUUCCUGGGCUGCAUCGGGUGGGGAUUUGUUCUUCUGUAAUGCCCACAGGGCCGCUUGUCCUUGACCUGUCUGGAAAAGCAGCAACUUCAGCUCACAGGGCAUAACAAAAUCACUCUCUCGGCUCUUGCCCUGCUUGGAGUCACUCUAAGCUCCCCUUUGUGCUGUGGAUUUCAGUGAACUCCACUGCACUCCCCCCGGCUUCUGAGACCAACCAGAACUUCUCUUGUUUGUACAACCAGCCUCCCGAACCUCCAAACAACACCAAGUGAAAACCUGCAUGCGUCCUGGGUUUGUUUGGAUGGUCUCUGCGCUUUGAUGCGGGUCUGAUUAAAUUCAAAGCUAGAGAAGCCAGCAUCAAAUAAGGCUCAAAGAGGUCCAUUUGUCAGGAACUUUACCCUCAUUUUGAGCAGUGGGGGUUUAGCACAUUAAAUGACUUCAGGACAUCCAUCUCCCAUGAGAAAGGGCCACCCUUUGGGAAUUUGGGAGAAAAGCAUUUGGAAGCAUGUUAUAUUUUGGUAUAGCUAAUCCAAAUAAAUAAAUAAAUGGGCUGCUUAGCAUCUGGAAGAAAUAGUGGGAGGAAUUCUCUGUACAAUAUUAGAAAUAAGCAGCUCUUGACAUAACUCUUCCUGAGCCUGCCAAGUAAGAAUGCAGCGUCUUGAAACAACACAUAAGCCUUCGCUCAUGUCUCAAUGUCAGGUCUGUGCUGAAUAUCUCCUGGCUUGAAGAGAAAGGGCUUAAGAUAAGGCUGGUUUUUAACGGAUAGGGCCUUGAAAGGACACCUUGGUAUUAUUGAUGAGGAAUCACUCUUUAUUCAUCUCUCAUUGGGUACGAAGUCCCCAAUGUCAAGAGAAUUUCAGUCUUCUGUGUCUUUUAUUUAUGCGUGAAUGAGAUUUCUUUCCUCCCGCAAACGUAUUUGCAGCUACAACAUUAUCAGACAAUCUGCGAAAGUAAAAUCUGAUCCUUGGACCUUCUUGCGAUACUAUUGCUUUGCACAGGGAAUGGCACCGUCUACCUGUUGUUGUGCUUGGAAAAGCAGCUCAGCUCAUUAGCUGAAGCAAAUGGUUAUUUGUUCUCCCAUACCAAUGCUGCAUAAGAAAGAUACAGAAUGUCCUAAGCAGGUUAAAAUUAGAGGAGAAUUCAAAUCAAAUCCCUGGGCCCUACCCCUUAUUUAUUUCCAAAACCCACACAUUACUGGACAGCAGAUCUGUAGCAUUGUCCCAUUUUUAGUUUAAAUAAGAAACCCAGCCUACCCCUUAAAGCUUUUCUUAGGGUUUUUCCAAAAAGUCUAGAAUUUGAAACUAGAAGUGUUGAAAUACCAUGAAAAAAACAUUCUCAUGGUACUUCAAGCCAAGACUAGAAGCAGAAAAGCUGGAAAUCUCAUAAGAAAGUCACAUGAGACUCGUGGCCAAGGUUUCAGUCUCAUGGGGUUCGAAUACGUGGGACAUUUAUUUGAACAGAACCUGAACUCUGAAACAUUUUGAAAAACACCCAUUAAAUCGAGCAGGACUAUCAAGAUUUUAAAACUUCACUGCAAACACUUGCUGCCCAACCCUCUUUGGAUACUUAUUUAUAACUCAUGCCCAUGAGGUCAUUUGUGCCAUCUCUCCUUUGGAGCUGCGAGAUUUACAGAGGCUCUCUCCAGUCAUUUUAGAUUUGUUGAGGUCUCGUGGUGUCAGGCAAGGGGUUGUGGAGCUACACACUGGUGAAUUAGUCCUUUAAUUCCAGAGCAAUUCUGACUUAACAGAAUGAUAUGAAUCUGUAAGAUAAAUAAGGAUAGACAUGGAGAGUCACCUCUGUGGCACAGCACUCCUGCUUGGGAGAGACGGAGGCUGGAAUGAUGAAUCGGAGUGAAUUUCUCUACAUGCUACCACUGAUCCCCUGGUGCUUUACUGGCCCACAGGAGCCACUAACAGCCCGUAAACCUAAGCCAACUUUUGCACUAUUGCCAUUUAUUAUGAAGCAGAAGGCAGAUUCAGGAUCAGUGGCAUUCGGCAGCCACCCUUGUCCCUUUCCUGACCUGUAACACAUGAUUGUGAUUGUAGCCAUGAACGUGCCACAGCGCUUGGAGGCAGCACAGGCUGGUGAUCGGUUGUGUUUCACAGUGUACAAAUGCUUUAUGCCAAAUGACAGUCCCACGAGCUGUUGUGUUUCGUGACUUUUUGAACCACUGGGCUGUCAGUGCAUCAAGACUAGUGCCACUGGUGAGAAAACGUCCCUGUUAGAUUUGGAGAGAGAUUCAUUUACUUAACGAGAGUAAAGCAGCUGCCCUGGAAAAGGCUCUCUGAGUUCCUUCUUGUGCAUGCACACUCAUACCCAUGCACACAGGUGAAUAGAUAUUUCGGUGCAAAGUUGAUCUGUUUGUGUGGGAAGAGUUCAGUAACUUCAGUGAACACUUAGAAACGUCUUUGUCCUUUUGUCCCUGUCUCCCUGUCCAGAAGCGCUCAGAGCUCAGCGUCGGGCCAGCCUGGUCCCAGCCACCCCUCUGCUGCUCUCACACACGCCAGCAAAAACACACACACAAUUUAUUUGGCUCACUCGGAGAAUUUCUACAUGAAAACUGCCCCGUUCCCUUGCUGCAAGCAGGGUCAGAGGCACUCGUCAUCUUGACGGACAUUUGGGCUGAUGAAUGUCAGAAACCAUAGAAGGAACUUCUGGAAGAAAAAAAAAGGAGAAAAAUAGCGUAGAUUUAAGCAGCCCAUAUUUUUGUGUUAUUUCAAUGAACUUGGCACUGGUACAAGAGCUGAAGCCACAGAGGUUGAAUGUAUUUGUCUGUCGAAAAAGCACCAGCAGAACAAGAGGUUCCCCACUGGCUUGCCCCCUAUCACAGCACGUAAAACCCUUCUGCGAUCAGGGUGCUGCCAUCUGAAAUACCGCAGGGGCACAGAAGAGAGCAGGCGCUGGCCAGAUGGGAACAAGAACACAGUGGAGUGCUGUGAUUUUCCCCUCCAAGCCGCAUCCACUGGCCCACACUGACCUGCCCACUGCUGUGUCCUGACCGAAAUGCUUGAGGGACGAGUAUGACAUCCCACCGUCCUCUCUGUUCUGUGUUUUCAGCCAAGAUUUCCAUCUCGAGUCUCUGCUGCAGGGAGCUGGGAGGUGUCAGCACCAUAUAGAUGACUUUCCAUUUUCACAGGCUGAGGCCAAGCAGAUCACUCAUCUCUCUUCCUCGUAGACAAGGAAAGUUCAGUAUUCCAGUUUCCACAGUUAAUGUUCAUUCAGACUUACUGUCUUCUGGUUUUGAGGCUUCAUGUACUCCCCAAGGUUAUUCAAAAUCCAAAUACUUAAGAUCUGCCUAUUAUCCAAAUAAAUGUCUCCUCUAUUUUUUUAAUUUUGCUCUGCCAAGUCCAAGGAGAAAUUAUACAUUGUGUAAAAGAAUAUUUUCCUUUGCCAGUCUCUAAUGUCCUGAACAUCCAUGGCAUUGAAAAGAGGAAAGAUUAAGCUAAGAAUAUUUCUUGCUCUUCUCUUCAUCAGGCUCAGCAAAUGGAUUUCACAAAGCCUCUUCAGUCUUCUUGCAAAAUUUCCCUGCCUGACUUGUUCAAUUUUCUGAAAGGUAAUGACAGACUGGAGCAUCAUAUACUGAUGAUCGAAGUCAGUUAAAAAAGACCUUAUUGCUUUACUGAAGUGGAAGCCGCUCAGUUCUAGGUGUGCCUGUUGGCCGCGUGUUAACUAAUGCUCAUGUCGAACGGGGUUUUGAUUAGGAUCUCCAUUUUAAGGUAAAUCUACCAAGGCACAAAGUGAAUCGGUGAUUCGCUCAGGGAAGAUUUCAGCUGUCCCACGUUGAAUCUGUGCUUGGUAAUUAACUCCACAUCCUGCUCAGAGAUACCCUCACCCUCUUUCCUGUCUUAACAUGGUUUGGUUAAGCAAGACGAGGCUGAAAACCCCUCGCAUUGCUCGUACCUGCUCUCAGCCGCCUGCUCCGCGGAGUCUCACCAGUGUAUCACCCUUCAGUUUAUUUCCCAAGAAGCCCAGGAGUCAGUCAGCACUUUCUAUGAAAGAAUCCAUCCAAUAUUUAUUCUGUUUCUUGCCUAAUUAUGACAGGGAGAAGGUUAAACCGUCUGGCCAGACUAAUCCUGUCUUUUCCUAUCACUGCACAUAAGUAAACUAAACUUUCUCCAUCUGGAAAAGGGAGCUAAUCCAUAAGCAUCAUCAACUCCUUUUUGAAAGUAUUCCCAAGCAGACUCUUUAAUAUAUGACAGUAUUAUGAAAAUCCAAGGCGCUACAGAGAUAGAUUGUGGUGCAUUAAAACAAAGAUCUUCCACCCAGCUUGAUAAAUGUAAUUGAAUCAUUUAUUUCUCAGGAGGAGAUUAAGCAUUUGUAUUAGGGAUUUGAGUGAAAUGUCAUGCCUUCUACACAAAGCAUGCUGCAUAUUUCUCAUACUGACAGAGAAUAGCAAGCGUGAGCUAAGGGGAAAUGAAUUGCUAAAGAGGAGAACUACAUAUUGCAAGCAGCUAUCACGUAAGAAAUAACACAUCUUUCAGUUCCACAACGGGCUCGAAGAUUUAGUUAAUGCAGAUUAUUGUUUGUUAUACUGAGCUAAAACCCAGGCUGAGAAAUAUCCCCAUUCAGCACCACAAUGACAUUAAGAUCUUCUUCACAUUUGAAAACAUCUAAGUGUUAAUAUUGAAAAGCAAAGCUGAUUUUCCAGUCCUGAUUGUCUCGGGCUGGAUGACAAGACCCGCUGGUAUCGAUCCAAAUUUCUUCUAUGAUCUGCAAAACCUCGGCCCUUUCAAAUUGUUUUCUGCAGUAAGAAAACAAAUCCAUGCAGCAUUUCAGCAGUUUCCCACUCAAAAGGCAAUUCCACUCAGCUCACGAUCGUUGUUUUGUGAUACAAACCCUUGCAGAAUAUCGCUGAAUACUCAGUUCUACUUCCUGACAUAACGACUGUGGGAAUUGUACACAAGCCGGUUCGGGCUUUUAUUUGCUUUGCUGGUCUUUGGUUGCAAAACUGCUUUAUUUUGCUUCUGUCUGCAUGUUGGACAAAUCUGGCUGCCAGUGGUUUUUAAAGGCAUUUCUUGAAAUGGGCACUGCGUUUUCGGAACCUGGUAUCUGAUGCCAUUGAAUUCUCUAUGUGCUCUUUUUAAAGGCCCGUUGGUUAUCAUGCGACAUGUUUGAACAGUCAUGCUGGUCAUUUUCUUGAACAAAACUGAAUGUACAUGAAAUAUUGCUAGGUGAACAAAUAAAUUAUUGGGGGAAAUGUGCACUUUGUGACAUGUGA